GAUUACAAGAGACUCCGCAUUAAGGUAGCACUAAUCGCGUCGAGUUACCUCUAAGUAGUAUGUCUCUUUGGGAAAGGCACAAACUACACAUCCCACAAUGCCAAGGGUUUUCGCGGAAAGGGCUUUCCGCGCUCUCUCUUGCCCAGCGGCAGGGCGGCGCUUUCUAUGCGUCGGCAAGAUGGCGGCUCCCAGCGUGCUGCUGAAAGUGUGGAGACACCGGCUGAGUUUGGGGGUUCCUGGACGCAGGAGUUUCUGGGGAGGAAAGAAGAAACAAGAUCAACCAUCAGUAGUAGAACCCGUGAAAGAUGUUUACCCUGUGAUAGAUGUCUGCCCUCCACCACGAAGUAGAAAAUACCUUCCUCCUGAACAUGUCCAGAAUCAUCUAGAAUCUCAUGUGAGAGAGAUUUGGGGAGCCUCAGUUUCGAGUGACUGGCAGAGGAUAUCCCUAGCAGAUGUUGGUUUAAAGUAUCGGCUAUUGGCACAAAUGGCAGCAGAUCUGGACCAUACAGUCCCCAAUAACCAGCUCCAUCAAAUGAAGAGUGUGGGCGAUGUCUUGGAUUUCUACAGUACACCUAUAAAAGACAUCUCAAAGUUAGAUGAGCUGGGCAUGCAAGAGCUUCCAUCAAAUCUGAAGAUCAAUUGGACUAUUGAUUAAAACAAAAUUACUGCUGUCAUUUGUCCUCGGUAAAACAGCAUCAGUAUAAGUGCAGAUAAAGCUUACUUUUGUUUUCCCAAGUUUCCAAAUAAUGUUUCUUACCCCCCUGCAAAUAAUAAUACUGUAAUUCA